UCUACAGACCCGCCUCCAAGAGAAAACUGUCAAAUUCAAGAAGGUUAGGUAAACUCCCCCGCGAGCUGGCUCGCUUUUGCCAUGAGAGCAUAGGGACCAAGCACACCCGGAAAUAGUGAGAGUAUGGGAGGACCCGAGCAGCAAGAGAAACAGCGAUCGGAAAGAGAAAAUCGUUUCAGUGUCAACUUCGGCACCCCGGGGGUCCUCUAGGGAGAUGAUACAGAUCGUUUGAUCGUUAGCGUUGUCGUCUUCGUGUUUUUGUUGGAUUAAUUAUUUUACAAGGAAAUAGCCUGGCGGCAAUCUUUUAGUGGACACUUUUGAGACAUUUGUUUGUGAAACAAAGUAUGUAUGCACGUGCGUUAAAAAUAAUAUAAGUGUAACAUGCACUGCUUGUAUUUAUGUCAAUAGACAUCCAGACCGUAGUCCUCUAUUUAUCAGAACAAGAUAUCCAGUCUGAAACGUAUUUCGCCUGGGCAACAAAGUUGUGAGGCAUGUUGGAUAUGAAGAAUUAAGAAUAUAAUUGGUGUAAUCUAAAGGUCAUAGAACAUGUUAACGUAAGAUAUUCAAAAAGACAUCAGAAGACCAAGCCCUGUCUUCCAUGUCACGUUCAGUAUUGAACGUGAAAUAGUUGAGUUAUUGGUGAAAUCAGUGGCAAACUUGCUGAAAAAUGACUGUAAAACUGGACUUUGAAGAGUGUCUGAAAGACUCUCCGCGCUUCAGGGCUGCUAUAGAAGUGGUUGAGGGAGAUGUGAGUGAACUAGAGACACGGUUAGACAAGCUGGUGAAACAAUGCCACUCCAUGCUAGAAGCUGGCAAGGCCUACUGCCAGACCAGCAAGAGCUUUGUCACGGGUCUCAAGGAGCUAGGACACAACUGUUCAGACGAUGACUCCAUGAAGGAGUGUUUGGAGAAGUUCUCCAAGAAGCUGUCGGUCAUCCUGGAAGCCCAAGGGGAGGUCAUCGAGAACACACAGAAGUCGGUCAAGUUGAAACUGCAGACGUUUGUGAAGGAGGAUGUGCGGCGCUUCAAGGAUGUGCGGAAGGAGUUUGAGCGUGGCAGCGAGAGCCUGGAGACGGCGCUGAGCCGGAACGCUCAGGUGCCCCGAGGCAAGCAGCACGAGGUGGAGGAGGCCAGCCACACCCUCCUCCACGCACGGCGCACGUUCCGUUCCGGGGCGCUGGACUACGUGCUGCAGAUCAACGUAAUCGAGGCCAAGAAAAAGACGGACAUUUUGAUGGCGAUGCUGUCUCUGAUGGAGGCCCAGGCCCAGUUCUUCCAGCAGGGCCACGAGUCUCUUUCUGAGUUGGACGACUAUCGACGCACCCUGAGUGAAGAGCACACUCAGCUGGUGUUAAACUCCGCCAGAGAGAAGAGGGACAUGGAACAAAGACAUGCCGCCAUCAAGAAAAAAGAUGUGUCAUACGAUGACUCAAUCAUGGAUUUUAGAGCUGAUGCUGCUAAUGGUAUUGCCAUGGAGGGCUACUUGUACAAGAGAGCCAGCAACGCUUUUAAGACUUGGAGCAGGCGUUGGUUCUCCAUAAAAAAAAAUCAGCUGGUGUAUCAGAAGAAAUUCAAGGACCAGCCUACCGUUGUAGUAGAGGAUUUGCGUUUGUGUACAGUCAAGCCCUUCGCUGACAACGAGAGGCGAUUCUGCUUUGAAGUGGUCUCUCCUUCCAAGAGCUGUCUGUUACAGGCAGAUUCAGAGAGGCAGCAACAGGCCUGGAUCAGUGCCGUCCAGAACAGCAUAGCUUCAGCCUUCCAGGACCACAGAGAGGACACACACAGCCCUAGGGAACGCUGCAGCUCGGUGUCGGUGGGCAGCGUGAGUGGGGGUGGGGGAGGGGAGCAGGUCAAGCCUGCUCGCGAUGCUCUGCUGGAGGUCCAGGCUCUCCCAGGGAACAUGCAGUGCUGUGACUGUGGGGAGCCCGGACCAGACUGGGCCUCCAUCAACCUGGGCAUCACCCUCUGCAUCGUCUGCUCAGGCAUCCACAGGAGUCUGGGAGUUCACUUCUCCAAAGUGCGCUCUCUCACGCUGGACUCCUGGGAGCCAGAGCUGGUCAAGUUGAUGUGUGAGCUGGGAAACACGGCCAUCAACAGGAUCUACGAGGCACGCAUUGAUGAGAUCACCAUCAAGAAGCCCCAACCCUCCAGCCCCAGAGGGGAUAAGGAGUCAUGGAUACGCUCCAAAUACGUAGAGAAGAAAUUCAUCCAGAAGCUUCCGGAAACGGGCCGCAAUCCCCCUCUCCGCCGCUCCAGCGCCCGGCGGAACCGGACCAACACCCAGGGCCUCACCCCCCGGCCCGCUCUGAAACCCAAACCCAGCCGCGCCACUCUUCCCCGACUCACAGGAAUAAGUCAGAGCGACCUUGUCCAGAAGAACAAUACGGACUUUCACAAAGACGAGGAGGAAAACGAGGAGGACCUGAGUGGUCUUCAUCCCGGGGCCUUGCUCUACCGCUCCGCCGCCCUGCAGCACUUCCCCGUCAUGGCCGACGCUCUGGCCCACGGCGCCGACGUCAACUGGGUCAACGCCAUGGAGCAGUCCAGCACCCCGCUCAUCCAGGCAGUCACAUCGAAUGCCUUGGCGGCGUGCGAGUUCCUGCUCCAGAAUGGAGCCAAUGUGAACCAGGCAGACAACUAUGGGAGAGGACCUCUACAUCACGCCACUAUACUGGGACACACAGGGCUGGUGUGUUUGUUCCUGAAGAGAGGGGCGGACUACAACGCCAGAGACAAGGACCAGAAGGACCCCAUCACCAUCGCCGUAGACGAGGCCAAUGCUGACAUCGUCACACUGCUGAGGCUCCACAAGAUGAACAAGGAGAUGCGCGAGAUGGACGGAGCCUUUGGCCAACCAGGUGAUGAGAUGUACAACGACAUCUUCAGGGACUUCUCCCACAUGGCCUCCAACAACCCAGAGAAGCUCAAACGCCGGAGCACCGACUUCAAGACUUGAAAGCUGCCGUCGCCGGCCCGCGCGCCCAGCCGUGGGCGCCUCGUUCGGUCCGCCGGUCGUUUUUUUUUCCUCGAAUUGAUUCCAGAGACCAGGCACACAUGUUGCUGUGGCGACACAGACGCACGUCUAGUCCGGAUGUAUGCAUGCACAUAAGCAGCUACAGGCAUGUCUCCCUGCAUGGCCUUGCGUAACCUUGUCUCUCUCUCUCUCUCUACCGCUCACACACGUGCUCGCUGGCAUCCCGCUGUGUUAGCUCACUGGCCAGCUGGGGAUGACUUCAACCCAACACUGAGGCUGUUGUGUUCCUGGUCCAGUGCACUGAAGUGGGAACACAAAAGUCCACGAGGAGAAAUAUCCCACACAAACCAUUCGCAGCAAUGGAUAAGCACGCACAGAAUGACACAAUAUCAUCCACCUGUCUUCAUUUAAUUUGGCUUCCCAUAUAAAAUGACAUUUUGUUUUUUUGGAUAAAGUUGCAGGAUGUAUUUUUAAUGUUUAAUGUGUUUAUUUGGAUUGUUUUAUCAAAUGCCCAUGGUACUGGGAACAUUUGAAACAAAUAAAAAUUAUUAUUCAGUCA